AUGCCUGUCACUGGCCUUGAGAUACUUCCACUCAUUAAUGGGACGCUAAAGUUGAUCACACUUGUCAUCACGUACGGCAACGGCCUCAAAACCAAAUGGAAUGAUCAGAAGGCCGCUGCAGACCAUGUAGCAAAAAUCAUCCGUCAAUUCGAUAACCAGGAUAAAUUGCUCAAAUACUGGUGCUUCGAACACUGGACGUUCGCUCAAUCGAUUAGUGUCACCAAGUCUCAUCAGCUGUGCAAUGCAUACUGGGGCGAGGACGGGUGGGUUAUCAUAAGCAAUUAUCUGUACGAUAUCCAAAUCCUCUGCGACGACUUCGGGACGAUCUUUGCGAAAUUGCUAGAUCAGGAGACUUUCGAGACACUGUACAAAGAUAUCACAGAUCUAGCCGAAUCCUCCAUCGCACGAGGGCAGCGUUCCACCCCUUUAUCCAACAACAAUCAUGAGAGGUCGUGGGUCGUGGGUCGUGCCGGGCCAAUUGAUAAGGACCGUCGGCGACUUGCGGCAAAAGCUGAUCGACUUGGGGAGGUCAAGAAAUUCAAGUUCAUGCAGAAACACAUUGGAAAAUUAGAGGCAAUUCUUGAAGAGAUCAAGACGACUUACAACACUCUGGCACGGGACUCGACGCAGUUUUUCCUCGACAGAUGGGGCAGUCAAAUCGGUUCAGAUCAUAAAGAAGCAAGGCUGGACGUUGUCGAAAAGCAUUUUGUUUUGGAGCAUGUGCAUUCUACGAAGCUCGCUUCUGAACUUCUGUUCUGGGCGUGCAACAAUGUCUCAGAGACGAGACGCGAGAUAAUCGCAGAUCGGCGCACGAAUAAGCCUUGCUGGUCACUCGCAAUGUCUCUUGGGGCAAUGGACAAACCACUGACAGAUGAGAUUCCGACGCAUCAAGACUAUCGGAUUGAGAUUCCCUGGCCUACAGAGGCGGAUCGAGUAGUCCGAAGUGUGAGACAUCCCGGCGGUGGUACCAGAAGAAAUGUGGACACGGAAAGAAGUUUGGAAGACGCAUGUGUCAUUCUGGACACCGUACACGGGACGUUUUGCGAUUUCAAAGCCGGUCUCCCAGAUGAAGCAGUGCUCAGCAGUAUAUUCAGACUUCGCAAGCUUUACAAUGCCGCAGAGGCAAUACCCAGAUUAAGAAGAGACAACGACAUCCCCGCUGACCACGUCAAAGUGAACCUGUAUGGCUAUCUGGAGAGCAGAGCACACCAGCACCAGUCUUUACUGCGGCCAGAGCGUGUGAAGAUGGCAUUCUUAAUUGCGGACAACGGGAUGAUCCUCUUGGGCACACAAUGGGCACAUCAUUUCCGGAGCAAGAACUUGAUCGGCCCCAGAACAGAGGAGGUCUUCCACGCCUCGGAGAUAGUGUUAAACGUUCCCGACACCGAAGCUCUUGAAACCAGGAUCGACAAUGGGAUCGAUAACGUCGAGCCUCAACUCUUCAAAAUUGGGGUUUUGUUGGUCGAGCUUGCGCUGUCAGCACCUGUUCAUAGUGCAAGCUACGACAGGGAGGGUAAUCAGCCAAGGCAGUUGUGCUUGGAGACUUGCCUACCGGAGCUCAACACCACUGAACGGCAGAGACUGCAGAUAGCGAACCUGCUCACCAGAGCCGAGCAGGCUGUUGGCGAUGGCAUGUCUCAAGCGAUUGAGUUUUGUUUGCAGCACACAAGAGGAUACUUUGGCGCAGAAUGGAGCGAAUACUCGCGACUGAACCCCUGGAAAAACCGAGAAAUGGCGUACAAGAAUGUCUUGAGCCGUUACUACGACAAAGUCUACAAGCCCUUGAAAGACUUAGUCGUCCGCGUGCGGGAACGAGAGGGACAAUGGACACAACCACUCAGGUAG